CCUCACACGGCAACUGCGGCAAUGAUGGUGCAGCAAGUUGAGUCGUCAACUAAAAUGUUUCCUCUUUCUAAAAGAGGGGUUGCAGUUGCAACCACAACGAGACGGCGCACCGUCGUUGCCUUAAUUUCGUGUCUCUUCAGUGGAAUUAUCACACACUUUAGUUUUCGCACCUGCUCACCCUCUAGUGUACUACUGCUCGCGGAAGCCGCCGAGCAGGACGAACAACAAAAAUCACAAAUAGACGAGGAAACAAGCCGGGACCAUGAGCAUGUGGAUGGACGAGGAGGACCAGAGACACCAGCAGCACCCAGCGUCCCGAGCGACGACGGGUGGACGACCGAGACCAAGGAGAAGAAGGUCCAGUACUCGUUUGGGAUGAACUGGGACAAUUUUGCCGACUGGAUUACGGUGUCCACCGACGAAGACUCCCUGGAUGGCGUCUCCUUGCAGCACAGGCUGAACCCGGUGAUUGGCCAACUGCAGACGGACUUUGACCUGUCCCACUUUAAAGAAAAAUCCUUCCUCGACCUCGGAUGCGGCUCCGGCCUGCUGUCCACCGCCGCCCGGCAGCUCGGCGCGAAGCACAUCGUCUCCGUGGACGUGCAGCCCAAAUCUUUGUCCGCCACCCACAAACUGCGGAAUUGGGCGUUUUUCCGCGACCCCCACGUGCAAGGCGAGAAGGGAGAGCUGGGCAUCACCACGUUUGAGCAGGCCUAUUUCUACAAAUGGGAGAUGAACGAGGUAAAUGGGGCGUCGUACGCAGUGCAAAUAGGUCUGGGUUCUUGUACGGAGAAGUUGUAACACUUGUAUUUUUGCCUGUCCGGCACUCGUCCUACAAAAUCUGCAAUGCAUGACGGACAAGAGAUCAUCGUGAAACGUCAUGCUGCAAAAA